AUGCCCAGCCUGGAGCAAGUCGCUGAGCUUGCAGAACACUUUCCUUCAGUAAGUUAUAGUAGUUAUCUACAUGUUUUUAAUGCCUUGGAAGGUUAAAAUGGGACUUUUUAUGAAAGGAAGGGUAGUUAUAAAGGGUUUUUUUUAAUUUUUGAAUAAUUUGUAUUUUUAAAAUUUUUUUAAAAUUGAAAAAAAAGACCACAGGAGGGGGGGGACCAAGCUGAUUUUUUUGGGUUAAAAAAUAGUUUUUUAUUUUUAAAGCUAAAAUGAUGUUUUUAUACAUAAAUUUGUGCAGAAUCAUAAAAACAGUCUUAAAAUGACCUUGCUAACAAUGUUUUACAACCAAAAACCGGAUAAAACCUAAAAAUGAACGGAGCGAAAGCCGUGAACUUGUAAUUUUCCUUUCCGCUGAUCGUUAUCUCCGAACGAAAAUUUUGCCUAAUUAUGUUGUACAUGAUCGGUUCUUAAAGGAUAUGAACUAUAAUUGGGUUCUAAUUAAGCUUUUCAACACGAAAUUUGAUUAACUUGAGCUUUGAAUUUGAAAUUUUUUAAAAAAAUACUGAUUUUAGCUGAAAAAGUGGAUUUGAGGUCAUGGAAACACAUUAUUGAUGUUUUUGAUAAAAUCGUGCUAGAAAAUUCUGUUGACCUUGUUGUUUUUAGAUGUAGAAAACUGUGGUGUUUACAUAAAUGUUAUUUUAAGGCAUUACAAAGCUAUAAUUUUAGAAUAGGAACAUAAAACGACUUGUUUUAGCCAUGGUUAAUAUAAAAAAUUUUUAAUUUUGAUGGUUUUUGAAGAUUUAUGGACUGGUUUUGUAAUUUUAAGGAUAGUUUAGAUACCUUCUAACCUUUGAAUACAGUGUGUUUGAUUUUCUAUUAAUUUUGUUAUUUUCAGCUAUGUUUGGAAGGAGGUAAAGGUGAAGUUGAAGCACAAGACAUUCAAGCGGCUCUAAAAGUUCUCGGAGUAGAUAUUCCUGGUUAUCAAGUAAGUCAGGGAUAGAGUAGAUUGUGUUUGAUGUUUUCGAAAUUUUCAAAUCGUUUUGGACUUUGCACGGUGCGAAUAUUCUAAUUUUGAUUGCACCGUGCAGAAUUAAUGAAGGCUUUUUGGUUUUAAGACUAAAAACAAAAAAUAAUAUGUUGAUGAUGAUAUUAUAGUUUUGCUUAACAUUAAAACUAAUAUUUUUAGUUACGAGAACGUUUACAAAAGUACGGAGACCCAAAAUCGUUGAGUUAUCAACAGUUUGCACAGCUGGCUGAUGAACUCACGGACGAGAAGAAUGCUGAAGCCAGUAGAUGGAAGAAGCGAAUUGGAUCAGUCACAGGAGCUUAUCAAGUUCAAAGUGCGGCCGAACACGGUGCUGAUGAGAUUGUACACACUAUCAGAGUGGAGGUAAUGGUUUUGAUUUGAUUUUUUUGUGAUUUUAGGCAGCAAUUUGAUGGUUCCAAGGCAAUAUUGAUGUUAUGUAUUGAAUUUUGGAGAUAUAAGGCUAUUUUUUGGUUGUUUAGGUCAAGAAUGGCCUGUUGAAGCUUUUAUAAAGCUGUUUUGAAGAAAGCUUGUUGAAAAAAUGACUUAAAGGACUAAGCCUAUGUUAAUAUGAAUGUUAACAUGAAAAUUAAAAAAAUGACUAUUUUUAAAGCAUGUAGGUGAUAAGAAUAUUAGAUUUUUUAUUUUUAGGAAGAAGUUGCUUUCUCCAACUGGAUCAACAGCAAUCUAAAUGAAGAUAUUGAUCUAAGACGUCACUUACCGGUCACAAAUACUGGUGGAGAUUUGUAUGCCAAAAUUGACGAUGGUCUGAUUAUUUGGUAAGAAAUGGUUUUUAAGCUUUAUAAAGAAAGUUAUUGCUAUUUCCAAAGCUUUAAGGGCUAUUUUAAAUAUUUUUUAAAAAUAAUAUUACCUAAAUUACUAUAUUUCAGCAAACUCAUUAACUUGGCCGUUCCAAACACGAUUGACGAACGUGCUGUGAACAAGAAAAACUUGAACACCUACACCAAGCUAGAGAACUUGACUCUCUGUUUAAUGUCGGCUCAAGCCAUCGGCUGUAACAUUGUGAAUAUAGAUGGAAUCGAUUUGAGCAAAGGAAAACCACAUUUGGUGUUGGGAUUGUUGUGGCAGAUCAUUCGGGUAAGGGGGUUUUAGAAGUAAAAUACGCGAUAUUGUUCAGUUUGAUUUAUUAUGGGUCAAAAAAGUCUUGUCGUCUUUUAAUGUGGAGUUAAAGGACAGAAACGACAGGACUUUUUUUACUUUAUAAUUUUGAUUUAAGCUGAAGGAUAUUGUAUUUUUGUUACCUAAAAAUUUUUUCUGACAUUUUUUAAAUAAUUUAGAGUUGUGUAUCGAAAAUUCUUAAAAAAAGUUUAAACUUUAAAGAAAAAUUCACCUUUAUAUUGUUGUAGAUUGGCCUGUUCCGUGAAAUCGACUUGGUCCACGUCCCCGGACUCUUCCGCCUCUUGAAAGAAGGCGAGACCCUCGACGAUCUCCGUCGUCUAACUCCAGAACAAAUUCUCAUCAGAUGGGUGAACUAUCACCUGGAAAGAGCCAAGGUUCAAAACCGCCUCACCAACUUCACUACGGAUGUCACGGACUCGGUCAUCUACACCCACCUUCUACAUCAAAUUGCACCACCACGGACCGGUGUCACCUUAGCACCAUUGGACGUGAACGGCAAAGAGAACCGGGCCAAUGCAAUGUUGAAAGAGGCAGAAAAGAUUGAUUGCCGUGACUUCGUCACCGCCACAGACGUCGCCAGCGGAAAUUACAAAUUGAAUUUGGCUUUUGUUGCGAACUUGUUCAAUAAGUAUCCAAAUCUGCCGGAGCCGGAGGCUGAUGAAAUUGGUAAGGUUUUUAAUUUACUUUUGGAUGGAAAGAAAGUUCUUGUCAUUUUUUGUUUUGUAAAGCAAGUUUUUGGUAUUUUUAGUUUUUUAAAGAAAGUUCUUACCAUUUUGCGAUUUGGAAAGAAAGUUUUUGCAUUUUUUAACUACUGGAAUGAAAGUUAUUGUUAUUUUUCGUAUUGGAAAGAAAGUUUUUGCAAUUUUUAGAUUUGUAAAGAAAGUUCUUGCCAUUUCUCGUUUUUUAAAGAAAGUUCUUGCCUUCUCUUGCUUUGUAAAGAAAGUUAUUGCAAUUUUUCAAAUUUUAAAAUUUCAGAUUUGGACGAAGUUCAAGUAGUAGAAGAGACCCGGGAAGAAAAGACCUAUAAGAACUGGAUGAACUCCCUCGGAGUCGAUCCCUACGUAAACUGGCUCUACUCAGACCUCCAAAACGGUGUUAUCAUCUUCCAACUCUACGACUACAUCAAGCCAGGCGUAGUGAACUGGAAGCGAGUGGUGAAGAUCUUCCGAAAACUUCAAGGAAUGAUGGAUCAAAUUCAGAACUGUAACUACGCUGUUGAGCUGGGAAAACAACUUCAUUUCUCGUUGGUUGGGAUUCAGGUGGGUUGCUGUUACUGUAGGAGUAUUUUGAAAAAAAUUUUUUACCUCCUCCCUUUUUGAAAAUUUUUUUUCUUUCUUUAUUAAUUUUUUAAGAAAAAAAAAUAGUUUGACAAAAAAAUUUCCUUCCCCCCCCCCUUCUUUCCUCCAUUUAAAAAUAAAAAAUUUACCACCCCCUAACUUUACUUCUUCAGGGCAAAGACAUUUACGACGGCAACCAAACCCUAACCUUGGCAUUGGUAUGGCAAUUGAUGCGAGCCUACACCCUGGCCGUUCUCACACAAUGCAAAGGAGGUGACACUCUGGCCACGGACAAGGAAAUCAUUCAAUGGGUCAACGAAAAACUGUCAUCUUCUGGAAAAUCAACCCAAAUCCGAACUUUCCAAGACUCGAGCAUUUCGGAUGCACGACCCGUACUGGACUUGAUUGAUGCUAUCAAGCCAGGAACGAUCGAUUACGAAUUGGUACAGCCAAAGGGCAGUGAUCAGGUAGGGAUUGAGUAUUGUUUACUCUGAUUUACUGAUUUAGAUGGCUUAGGAAGGGUGUAAGAGGGACGUUUUUAGCCGGGCGGGGUUAAAGGACGGUUUUUGUUCGGGUGUGGUAAAAAAUAUUUUUUAAGUUUGGGGUGGAAUUUUGAAUUUAUGUUCAAAAAUUGGUUUUUAGGCUUAUUAUUUGACUUAUAAGAAGCUUUCAAAUAUUUUUCAUUUCAGGCUCACCUCGAGAACGCCAAGUACGCCAUUACAUGCGGCCGAAAAAUUGGUGCCAAAAUCUACGCUUUGCCCGAGGACAUUGUGGAAGUAAAGCCAAAGAUGGUGAUGACAGUGUUCGCAUGCCUCAUGGCCCGCGACUACAUGCCCAAUAUGCGCGAAAACGGUGAAAAUGGCACUCAAAAUGGACAUUAA